AUGGCAAGCAAACCUCUCUUCCCGCUCUCAUCAUUUAACCCCGCCCCAGGAAUCACACACCUCUGCGCAGCCGGCGAAAGCCUCCCCCUCCAAGCCCACAAUGCCGCCUUCACCAAGUACAUCAGCCACAAAGCCUCAGGCCACAAGGGCCGCGUUCAACAGGCUCAAUAUAUAGAAGACACCCGGGCUCUAAUUGCCGAGGCGUGGAGAGUCCGUCCCAAAGAGGUGGGAUUCGCACCGAGCGUUGCAGACGGGGUCUCCAUGCUCGUUGAGUCCUUGGACUGGACAGAGGGGGAUAAUGUCUGCGUGCACGCCGAUGAAUUCCCAAGCAUUGUUGCACCUUUUGCAUUGCGGCGUCAGCAGCAGGAGAUUCAGUUGAAGAAGAAUGGAGGCGAUGGGGAAAUAACCUCGCCUGAGGUGCGCUACUAUACCAAUAACAACAGUUCAUUAAAAGAUGUGGUUAAUUCCAAAACACGUCUUAUCGCCGUCAGCUACGUCUCAUACCUCGACGGCUCACGGAUCGAUCUACAAUCCUACCGAGCCCUAGCGGACUCCGUCGGUGCAAUUCUCGUCAUCGACUAUACCCAAGCAGCAGGAUACAUGCCCAUCAACGCCUCCAUUGCCGACUUUGCCUUCUCGGCGUGCUACAAGUGGCUACUCGGCACGACCGGCGCUGCGAUCGCGUACUGGAACCAGGGCAGAAGGCCGGAUUGGAGGCCCGUUACUGGCGGGUGGCACUCGCUGGGUCUUGGGUCUGUUCGGCCGGCUUGGGAGACGAGUCGGCUUGAGGCGCGAGGGGAUGCAUUGUGCUUUAGUCGGGGGAAUCCGGCUCAUUUAGCUGUUUAUGUGCUGCGGGAGUGUUUGGAAUUUCUAGGGCGGUGGGGUGCGAGGGAGAUUCAGGACCAUGUGCAGGGGUUGACGGCGGCGUUGUUGGGGAGGUUGAGGGCUGAAGGGAUUGUGUCUGCGACGCCGGUUGAGAGGGAGCGACAUGGUGCGAGUGUUGUUGUGUAUUGCGAGGGUGCGUCGGAUAUUGUGGAUGAGAUGGCGAGGAAGGGGGUUUAUGUGUGGAAUGGGCAGGGGAGGGUGCGCAUUAGUUUCCAUGGGUAUAACUGUCUGGGAGAUGUCGACCGGAUUAUGGAGGUAUUCCCUGCGCUUUGGAGGAAGUUUAAUGGGAAUAAAGCGAAGCUGUAG